UUAGGGUUGAAUGAAUUGUCUUUCAUCUACAACAAAUAUUUUAAUUAUAUGGGCAACUGGAUAACCUGCUGCGUUCGUGCGCGGGAUCAAGUUGCAGGAAUUCCUAACGCUGGAACCUUGACGUUUCCCACCUCCACUGAAUUUUCAUACUAUUCAGGAGGAACAGACUGGAGUCACCCAUUACCUGUUCCAAACCAGAAUUGUACUAGGAAAAAGAGAACAGGGAUUGUACCAAGUCAAAGGUCUGAGAGUGAAAUAUUAUCGUCUCCUUAUCUAAGAGCUCUUUUGCUCUCUGAACUUACAAAAGCUACCACCAAUUUCCAUUCUGAUUGCCUUCUUGGUGAAGGAGGUUUUGGUUAUGUUUAUAAGGGAUGGCUAUGCAAAAACACUCUUACUGCUGCAGCACCUGGAUCUGGACUUGGAGUUGCAGUCAAAAAACUCAAGCCCAGAGGUUUGCAGGGUCAUAAGGAGUGGCUGUCAGAAGUGAAUUAUCUUGGACAACUUCAUCAUCCAAACUUGGUCAAGCUCAUUGGAUUCUGCUUGGAAGGUGAAAACCGCCUUUUAGUAUAUGAAUUUAUGCCAAGAGGGAGCUUGGAGAACCAUUUGUUUCCAAAGAGUGCACCAGUUCUUCCCUGGGCCACAAGAAUUAAAGUUGCUAUAGCUGCUGCUCGAGGUCUUUCCUUUUUGCAUGAUGCGGAACCACAAGUUAUAUAUCGUGAUUUUAAAGCUUCUAACAUCCUUUUAGACUCGGAAUUUAAUGCAAAACUUUCAGAUUUUGGCUUGGCAAAAUCUGGUCCAACUGGUGAUCAUUCUCAUGUGUCUACUCAAGUUAUGGGUACUCAAGGAUAUACUGCUCCUGAAUAUCUUGCUACAGGUAAACUAACAGCGAAAUGUGAUGUUUAUAGCUUUGGGGUUGUUUUACUUGAGCUUCUUACUGGUCGUCGUGUAAUGGACAAAAGAAAGGCUGGUGCAGAGCAAAAUUUGAUAGAGUGGGCAACGCCUUACUUGCAUGACAAGAAAAAGUUGUUCAGGAUUAUGGACACCAAGUUAGAAGGGCAAUAUCCUAGAAAAGCAGCUACAAUAGCAGCCACUCUUGCAUUGCAUUGUGUACAUCCUGAAGCAAAAGGAAGACCAGAUAUGUCAUUUGUGCUGAGUGCUUUAGAACAGCUUCCUUCUAAAUAUAUGUCUGGUCGUCAAUAUGGGGAUCAGAAAAAGAUGUCCAAGUCUCGACAUAAAUCGGAAUCAACAUUUCCAGGCAGUGUUAGGACAAAACACGCCUCCCGUGUUUCAGAAGGUACAAAAUCCCCACCAGAACGAUGAAAAUUCGAGGUUUUUGGCUCAUUGUUUAAAAUUUUGUAUCAUAAAAGUAGCUACUCAUAUAUAUAUAUAUAUAUGUUAUUAACUAUACCACAUGAAUUCGGCCAAAGUUGCAGGGGUACAUAAUAUGCUAAGGUCAAGUGUAGGGUUCUCUUAUAAAAUAUCACUAGUUUUAUUCUCAGACAAUAUUGCUUGUUAAUACAAAUUACAUUUUGGAAACA